AUGUUUGAAUAUCACGAGGAUAUCGUCCACGAUGAGGGUUUCAGCUCUGGCCAUGGACACUUCAAGACAUGGCCUGGUGGCAUGGAACGAAUCAAGGGAUCCCGUCUUCGAAGAAUGUUUCUACCAAGGCUAUCCCGCGAAUUUUCAGAGGAAGAAUACUCGGGCAACGGAACUCAACUGCUGCAGAAGUUCCUCAAGGAAGGAAAAUGCGAUCAAGUGCCUCCCGCUAUCAUCCAGCGAGAAGAAAGGGUGCACAGAAGAUGGGUGGGCCAGUGCCAUCCGUCAGUCAUGAUCAACCAUCCAAUCUGGCUGAUGAACCGGCCCCCCAUUUCUGAGCUUUACGGGGACUGUGGCACUGAUGGAAUUGUCGAGGCCGCCGGGAAAGUCCCAGGCCUGCACUGCGAAAAAGCCGUCGGCCUCAUGACUCAGGUGAUCUUUUUGGGUUGGAAUGUCUUGAGUGUGCAACAAAGCGCCAAGAGCCACGUUGAUGGAAAGACGAUAGCCAUCCAGACAUUGCAGCAGAACAUAAGGAUCUAUGAUGUCUAUUGCGAGCAACCUCACUGGCCGAAACGAAACUUGAAAAUCGACAUUGAAGAAACGCUCACACCUGGGGGGUUCAAAGCUUCGUUCUACCUUGGGGAAGCGGACGGCCUUAUGAUCAUCUGUGCCAGUCAAUCUGGACUGAAAGAGUACUGCUUUCGAGCAGACCGUGGCAAAGGCAAUUGGUACAAUUAUCCAGAUGAUGAGCAUGAUUAUGGCCACGAUUUCUCCUCGCCCUCGCCCUCUGGUGGCGAGAACAACGUUUCAAUCGGAGAAAACCAUCAACCCGGUUACAAGGAAAAGCAGAAGCCGAACCAUCCUCCGCGAACAAAAAGAGAAACAUGGAAAAGCUACGCUUCAAGUAUCCAAUGCUGCUCAGAUGUCGCGAGAUUGGGGAAAACAUGA